CAUUACAAGAUCUUCUUCUUCCACUCUAAGCUGUCAGAAUCAAACCAGUCAAAAAGGAGCAACUCUGCACUCCCCAUUUACUCUACUCUCCACUCUCUGCGCUGCCACUCUCCCCUCUUUCUCUAGCCGUUUCCGGUCUGCAACAAGACAAAGUAGAAAGUAGCCGGUUGCAAUUUGUUUUCAUCCAAAACAAAGUUUCUUGCUUUUCGCGUCUGGGCUGGCGAAUUCACCAUUCCUGCCUCUUCUCUCUAGCUAGCCUUUACGAAAACCUCCGCUUCAUAGGUGUCACUUUUAUACAGUGCUUGCUGAAAGUAUUUAUGCAAUUCACCGAUCGAUGAAGAAUUGACCUGGUGGUGUGUGAAUCCUAUCCAGUUGAAUAUCUGAGCAUGGAUAAAGUAUCGCCAGACUGUCCAUACCCAGGAUGCUUUUUCUGUGUCAUGAAGGAAGGAAAUCCAAGCAAACGUAGAGCAAGUAUAUUGAAAUUUUUUAGGGAACUUCCUUCACAGGAUGAUGAUGGCCAGGUUCUCCCAAUCAGUGGUCUAUGGAACACUGCCAUGGCACAUCCCAAUGAUCCUGAAUUCAUUGAGUUGGGAAUAUUUGAAUGCAUGGCUGCACUUAUAUGGAAAGGCUUAAAAAAUCGUCGGUGGCUUUCUCAUGAUCAGAAUAUUUACAUUCCUUAUUAUGCUGCUCAUAUUAUUGGUUCCUACACCAUGAAUAUGGAGGAAUUUGCAGAAAGUGCUGUCCAUGCUGGUGUAAUACCUCCCCUGGUUGAGCUUUUGAGGGGGAGAUUGACAUGGGUUGAACAAAGAGUGGCAGUACGAGCGCUAGGGCACUUGGCUACAUAUGCCAGCACUUUUCCUGCUGUGGCAAGUCAUGGUGAAAUCCUUGAGCUUUCCAUUCAACUUGCAAUGAGUUCACUUGAGAUAGUUUACUCUCAUUUUUAUCAGUAUGUCGAUAGAAGACUAAGUUAUCACUGUGAUCUGCUUACUCGUGGCAUGGGAGGUGUUGAAAUGGAGUCCAGGAAAGCAGAGGAAUGGGCCAGUCAGUUGCAAUGCUGGUCACUUCAGCUUAUUAAUUGUUUUGCUUUCAAGCCUGAAUUUCUUCCUACCAUUUGCAAGCCUGAAUUUUUAGUAAAACUGCCAGGCAUGUGGGGUGGACUUGUCAAUGAAAAUUCACCAGCUGGUAUUGGUUUAUUGAGAACAAUUUGUCAUCAUAAGCUUGGUAGGGGACCUGUUGCCAGCUGUCCUGGUAUAAUUGAAGCAUUGUGCAACAUUGCUCGCUCGUCAGAUGAUUGGCAGUAUAUGGCUAUAGAUUGUCUUCUUUGGUUGCUUCAAGAUCCAAAUACAUGCCAUAAGGUGAUUGAUAAGGCAGUACCUGCCCUCAUAGACCUUGCAGAUAUCACAGCUCUGGGUGAUCACAAAAAGCUUGGUGAUUCCAUUGUUAAUGUUCUUCAGGAUUGUAUUCAAUCACUAGGGACAGGGCGUAACUCUGUUAGUAACCGCACAAAAGAACUGAUUGAGGAACUAUUAAAUUCAAAACAAAGGUUGAAAUGGGAAAAAAAUAUGCCAAAAGAAGAUCUACAUAUUAAGCAGGCAGCAGCAUUAGUGGUCAAGCUUGAAGGGAAUUCCCUCUUCUCAUCAGGAAAUAUAUCUGGAGCUGCAUCAAAGUACUCUGAAGCAUUGUCAUUGUGUCCAAUGAGAUCCAAAAAAGAGAGAGUCGUUCUAUACAGUAAUCGAGCUCAGUGUCAUCUUCUAUUACAACAGCCCUUGGCUGCCAUAAGUGAUGCUACGCGUGCCCUUUGUCUUCACAACCCUCUUGGCCGCCAUGCAAAAAGCCUUUGGAGAAGAGCGCAGGCAUAUGACAUGCUGGGAUUAGCUAAAGAGAGCUUGUUAGAUGCCAUUCUGUUCAUUAAUGAGUGCUCUCAAUCAAAUGAUCCUGAACUAUGUUUGAGACAAAAUAAAGUGCCCGACUAUGCAGAGCGCCUAGUCAAGAAGCAGAUGCGUGCAGCCUGGCUAUUUAGAGAGGCUGCUAUCAAACAUGGGGGUGUCCACUGUGAGGGAGAUGCUGUUGAUGUUUAUGGCCAAGACACUGAUGAUUCAGAAUGGGAAACAGCAAGUGAAAGUGACAUAGGAAAUGAUGGAAGAGAUGAAAUGGGCAAUGAUGAUGAUGAUGAUAGUGAAUGGAAGAAUGAAGAUGAGAGGAAAGAUAAAUAUGAUAAGCCAUCAUUAAAAGAAAUAAAGCAUGUAUACAAUGUGCAGCUUGCAGAAGAUGAAUCUUGAUUCGGAAGAGAUCAACUGAAAGAAGCCAAGAAGACAUGUCUUCAACCCCAUUGUUUGGAAUUUGAAAUGACUACAAAAUCUUGCUUGAUUUCAUAUGUUUGGUUUGUGUUUUAUCAGGCAACAACUGUUCUAUAAAUUUUUCUUGUUUUCUUUGAUUUUUUUUCCCCCCAAAUUCUUCUGGUUUAUUUCAACUGUAGAAAGUGGAAGAAAAGUUUUUGAGUGUAGAGAACAGUUGUAGAUUAGAGGAUGUGAAGAUAUUUUUUGAGUGAUUUAAAGAAAGCUUAUGUAUAUAUAAAACCCCUUUUGGGUCAUUUAAACAGA